ACGGAACCGAGUUGGGGUCUCCGGCGCUACCUCUUCUCCGCGAUUUUCGGAACCCGCGAAAUCCGCGAUUUUUCGAGCCCCCCAAACCCGCCCCGAGCCCCGGGGUGCCCCGAAAAGUCCCCCUUUUUGAAGUGAAAGUGAACCGCGACGCUCCCGUGGAUGUGCGUCCGUUGUGGAUCGUGUAAUAUGUAUGUGUGUGUGACGCGUAAGUUUACCGAUACGGCUCGAACGACUAUAGAAUAAAAAGCAUGGCUUUUUCCAUGAAUAUUCCAUCGGACGAGAAGGUUGAGAAAAAGAAAUUCCCUCCAUCCGCCCCCAUUCACGCUCCUCCACCGGAACCGGAAAUUGACUCAAAAUACACCAAUGGUUGUGCCAUGAAAAUGACAAGAUGGUUACUGUUAAUAUGCGCCUCUUGCCUGGUGCUCUCCGCGCUGGCGUCGCCGGUUCUCCAGGGCGGCGGAGACGUGGACGUGGCGAAGGGACGGCAGGCGGACGCGGCGGCCGCCGUCGUGGAUAACAGCGUCGCGGCGGCGGCGUCGCCGGCGGCAGCGGCCCCCGUCGCGGCGGCGCCGGCCCCCGCGGUCACCCCCGAGCCCGAGGACGACGAGGACGAUGAGGACGACGACGACGAUGACGUCGACCUCGACAUCACCGACGACGACGAUGAUGACGACGACGAGGAGGAGAACGAGACUGCUGCCGAUGAUGACGACGAAGACGAUGAUGAUGACUACGACUUCGAGAGGUUCUUCGAUGAUCUCCUGGGAGACGAUGACGACGACGACGAGGAAGAGGAGGAAUCUGCGCCGAGCGCGGCUCCGCUAUCGGCAACGCCAGCUCCAGCGGCAACGCAGGCGGCACUGACGGGCCUGGCAGCCUCGAACGUGGACUACAACUCGGCCGACUACAACGCAGCCCCGGGUGAGGCGCCCCUCUCGAACGACGCCAACGACGUCUACGACGAGGAGGACCAGGAGACGGCGCCCAACACGGUGACGCUCGUCUCGGCGGCCAACGAGGACGCCCCGCAGGAGAACGCCGUCUCGCCCUCCCCCUCGUCGACCGGCGACGACGACGAUGAGGACGACGACGACAUAGACCUCAGCGACGACGACGACGAGGAGGAGGACGACGACGAAGGCGACGAGGACGACGACGAUGACGAUGACGAGGACGAGAGCGGAGCGCAGUCCGGCAGGGCGCACCGAGCACGAGCUUUGAGCCCAGGAGGAGAGACAGUGGCCCCCGCAUACAUCGCCAAGUACAAUCGAUUCAUCGACACCAUCUUGAUGAGAGUUAACAAAAUCUUGAAGAAAAGCUACGAUCCAGUGAACGUCCGUCUUCAAAGCCCGGUCGACACGAAGAAAAAAGGCCCGAAACCUGCCGCUACGAAGAAGAACAAGCCGAAAACCAAGCUGAAGACCAAGAGGCGACCUGUCAACAAGGAAACUCGAACCGAUGAGCAGCAACUAAACCGCACCUCUCAACAGUCUCAAACUUCAAAUGCAGUAUCAGACUCAGCCUCUUUAAAGGUAGAACCAAAGAAUGACCAAGGCAGCAGUCUGCCUACCGAUGGAACGACCUCUCCGCAACAAAACGUAGCCGCCUCUAACAGGAGACAGCAAAGGAAACGAAAAGUAGUCAAAACAAAGACGAAGGUGCAGAUAGCGAGAAAUAAUCCAAGAGCAAAGGCCACCUUGUAUGGUUUGUCAUCUAUGCGAAGGGAUGGUGACGUCACAGCUAAUGUUAUGCGCUCCCAUACAACUGUGAGGGCGAAAUUCUUGGUCGGUCCACUCACCCUCAAAGUAGAGAAAGAGUUUGGCCGCGGUGUAAAGAAAGAGUUGAGAAGUGCCACUGCCACGACCGCUGAACUGGUGGGCAAACUGAAUCUUCGAGUUGUGCAGGGAGGAGCCGCAACCCUUCACUCAAUCAGGGUCCUCCAGCCCAAACAGCAGGUGCGGAUCGACACGGGAGCCCCGGAGGACAACGACCAAGACCAGACGCGGGAGUUCAUGUGGAAGAGGUCAUCCAACAUCGCGCACCUCGUCGCCGAGAAACUCACCGCCGUGACCAGGUCCAUGCUCCAGCCACCCCCGCAACAGAUUCCCGCCGAACCCACCCCCAUCCCUUUCGCCAAAGCCGCGUAGGCUAGACUAGCUUAAGAACCCACCCGGUGACUCCGAGUCAACUUAAUUGUUAUCCACGGUGAUACAUGAAGACUGGAAAUUUAAAAUAUCCUCUAUCAUC